CACGUAAGGUUUGAGUAAUAAAAACUAUUCUAUCGACUAUUGUUGUACCGAAUCUCUCGAAUGUAAUUCAAAAAGAUUCAAUGAUUCUAAAUUCAAUGGCUAAGAAGAUUUAUACAAACUCUCAUUCCCUAUUUUAUCCCCUUAGGGGUGGAAUUUAUCAAAAUCCUUUUAAAGGGACGUUUACGUCAUAAUAUCCAUCUGCACGCCGAAUUUCAACCCGAUCGGUGUAAAACUGACAAAGCUUCAUACAAACGUUCAUCCCCUACAUUACCCCAUUGGAGGUGGAAAUAAUCAAAAUCCUUACUUGGGGAUGCCUACGUCAUAACAUCUACCUGCAUGCCGAAUUUCAUCGGCAUCGGUGUAAAACUGACAAAGCUUCGUAUAAACUUUCACCCCCUAUUUUACCCCCUUAGGGGUGGAAAUGAUCAAAAUCCUUUCUUAGCGGAUGCUUAUAUGAUAACAUCUAUCUGCAUGUCAAAUUUCAACCCGAUCGGUUUAAAACUGACAAAGUCCCAUACAAACUUUCAUCCCCUAUUUUACCCCCUUAGGGGUGGAAAUGAUCAAAAUCCUUUCUUAGCGGAUGCUUAUAUGAUAACAUCUAUCUGCAUGUCAAAUUUCGAAGCGAUCGGUUUAAUCGAUCGGGUUGAAAUUUGA